CCUCCCUGGUGAAAGUAACAAGGUCUGACAUAUAAAACAAUCUCUUCUAAACUUUUCUAAAGCAUUUCAGUUAAAGAACCUCCAACUCACUGAGAAUGAAAACAGAAGUGUUCAUCUGUGUUCUGUGUGCCUGUUUGGUAACACUUGAAGCACGUACUAAGAGAUCAGACGAGACCAUGAAGGAUUUGAACAAAUUCACAUUUUUAUCUGGACCCACAAAGACAAAAAACGGUUCAAACAAGACUUUUAACCCAUUCACAUUUUUAUCACAUGGAGCCACAAAUACAACAGAGCAAGGCCCUGAAGCAAACCCUGUUAAUGGAAGUAUGUCUGGGCUGAUGACCAACCAUACAUUGUUUAAUAAAACUGAAGACGAAUGGCAACAAAACUAAGACAUAGCUCAAGGGUUAAAAAAGACAAGUUACUUAAAUGAUAAGUGAUGGAAACUGAAAAACAACCUGUUAAACAGUCAACCCCGAUGAGAUGACACUCUAAUGUUUGUUGAACAAAUUACCAUUGUAUUAUAGAAUAUCAAAAAUGCAACAACACAUGAAAAAGAUGAACUCACAAUUUUUUUUUUAAUAAAAGAAAGAACAUAUGUAAACAACCUUGUCUCGCAGGUACAAGAAAAUGUGCCUGUGUACAUGUACAAGAAAAAAGAAAUUCAACUCAUAACUGUAAAGACUGCAAUACUACAUGUUGAAUGAUAAAACAUUGAGUGUAAGCUAUUAUUAUUGUACAGUAUAAAGGGUUUAAUUAAAUAGCAAUUAAGUAGCAAAUGUAAAAUUUUCAUUAUUUGGUAAUAAUGUCAAAAAUAAUUUAAUUAAACUGUCUACUGGGUAAACUCCAAACUCUGUAAAUCUACUUAUUAUUUGUUCUUAAAUAACAUAAUCUGAAAUAUACAGCCAACAAGACUACAAAUGUUAAACUACCAAUGUUAAAUGCCAAAAGAAUCUGAUUUAUAAUCUCUCAGUUAGAGAUUUAGACCCUAAGGCUAGAUGUUCGAGAAAUCACAAAAACAAUAGCCUGUUAAUAAAUUAAUUGUACAGCAUAUUCAAUAUAUGCUUUCUUAUUGAUUCUCACAUUCAUGUGUUUGUAUUUUUUGUCAAAUUAAUUGAUAUAUUGUCCAAAAUUAUAUUCCAUAUAUGAUUAGUUGAAAAAGGAUUUGCACCUGUAUGCUCUGUACAGUCAUGGUUAAGAUGGGAUAACCAGACCAAUCCAGCAGAUAUAUUUCAGGGAUUAAUUUAACAUGCCCCUAAUCUAAUUUGACCUGAGACAGAGGAGACUAACAAUCGCCUGACUAGUCAAUGAAUACAUUUUUAUUUUUAUAUAUAUUACUUAUAUUUAUGGUCAUUUAACUUUAUCAGGAUUAAAAUUUUAUAUUUUAUGUAUUACAGUUAAUGUUUUGUAGUUUUAUGAUAAAUAAGCGAUGUGUUGGUUGACCGCUGCAAGAACUGCAGCAAACACUGGACCACAACCUGCCCCUCAGGCCCUGCAUGGCCUGUCAUUCAGGCAAACACACACAGAAAGAGAAAGGAGGGAGAAGAAAGAGAGAGUGAUAGGAGAAAUAGAGGGGGCUCCUGGAAGAAGUAGUGACGUAUUCCCAGGCCACAGAAUCUCCGCACCUCUCAGCAGCAUAUAAUGAGCUUAACCACACGGCCUCAGUGCAAAGGGGUCAAUCACUCGGAUUAUCACACUCGAAUCUGACAUCACAAUCCUCCGCGCCUCUCUGUUUUUUUCUAUUCUUUUUUGGAAACCUGCAAUUUUUAUUUGACUUUCUACGAUUUUUAUCCUUGUUGGAUGACAACUGAUAUAUUAAACUUUGGUCACAGGGUCAGACAGGACCGUCAGCUCAAAUAUGGACUGUAGUUUACUCCAGCUAAAUCGAAGGGUGUAUAAGCGUUGUUGACUCUGAAGGCAGACACUAACUUUUGGAACGGGAAUUUACCCUUGUUACCUUAGAAAACAACCCAAUGCCACUGUCUAACAACAAGGUCGCUGAUGAUGGAACUUCAGCACAGCCACUGCAAGAAGGAAAAGCAAUGGUGGACUCCCUAAUCAAGGUGGUGGCAUGUUAUCGGCACUUAGCCUCCUGUAUUGGCGGAUGCAUGGACAAUGCCAGCCUACGACGUGAUCUUCGGCAAACACGAGAGCGAGCCCAGACACUAGCGCUGUCCUGCCGAAACCACCUGACAGCUCGACUGAGGGAUAAAACGUUACCAGAGACUGAAAGGAAGGAAACUGAGCUGCAGUGGGUAGCGUUCUCCUCAUGUCUGGAGCUCCUACAUGCAGACAUGUGCAAGGUUUUCACCAUGGUCAAGCACUUUUCCCUGGCCAAUAACAGUACCAUGGUGCAAACAGGCAUACAGGGGGGGACGACAGAGGUGGCGGCACGGGCCUUGAGCCUGCCUGACCUGCAGGAGGCAGGUGACGGUACCCAGACGUCCAGUGUGGAGGGUCAGGAGCAGAGUCAGCUGGAGCAAGAGAUCGCACAGGUGGACCGCACACUGGAAGACAUGGAGCUGAAAGUCAACGUGCUGCGCUGGACUGUGGAGGCACUGGGUCCUCAGUACGCUGACCCUGUUAGCACUGACAGCGCCUCACUAGCACUGCUGUCCGUCGAUGAAGAGGCAGCUCAAAGCUUCUGCAGUCGUAGCCAGAUGUUUGCGGCAAUGAUGCUGUGCGGUGUGGCGAUCUUUGCAGUGGUGCUAUCAGUGUGUGUGGUGUUCCUGGUCUGAAGUCUUAUCACUUGUUUAAUGUAGGCUUUUUCUUUUUCAUAGGUCUCUAGUUGUGAUCGGCCAAACAUCAACAGUUUGCAAAGCUCAACGCUAAAAAUUAAACUGUCUGUGUAUUGUACUUACAGUUUAACAGUUGCUUACUGUUGAUCCCAACAGAGCCUGUGAGUCCUUUUUUUUACAUAUCACAAAACUUUGCCAUUAAUUUUGGGUGUAUGAUCAUUUAUAGCAAAAGAAAGCAUGGUGAAUUAAUUUGGGUUUCAAUGCAGAAGAAUUUGAAAUUUGGGCAAGCAGUAAAAUCUGAUUUUAUAUGUCAUUUCAGGAGGUAGCCUUCUGUUUUGAGAGGUUUUGUUGUGUGUAAACACAAGUCUUGUUUACUGCAGCUCAAGUCCUGGGUGGUUCAUCGGCUGGUUCAUCAUGCCAUACCUUCAGAACCUUAUUCAUCUGUUUUAGUUUUUGACUAUAAUACAGUAUCAGCACUGACACAACACCUAAUACUAAACAUCACUAAAAGAAGCUGGCUUUAAUAUGUUAUGCACAUAUCUUUAUCUUUGUGUAGAAUUUAAUUGUUGAUUUAGUUGUAAUUUAGUUGUAUUUCUAGAAACCUGUUACAACGGCCAGAAACAAUAGAUCUGUUUGUUUUAAAAUGUUAGUCAGAGUAUCACUGGUAGAACUCAGUCAUUAAUUAUAUACAAGUAGGGGUUAAUCAAUAUAAAAUAGAGGUAACUUACUAGUUUACAGAAAAGGACUGAAAUAUUGUAAUUACCUCAAAACUGAAGGUCAUUUUUUUCAAAGACAUUUGAAAUGUUAAGACUGUUGAAAAUCCUUUUGUUUUCCUUCAUGCAUUGUAAUGUCUUCACUUUCAUGUAUCUCACAAAUAUUAUAUUUUCUAAAAAUAAUAAUAACAACAAUAAUAAAUUACAUUUUUAAAAUUGAA